AUGGGAAAAGGGACUGACAAGCUCUACAUUACGCAUUCUGAGUGGGCUUCGAAUGAUGGCUUUUCUGCCAACUCGAGCGCUGGUACCACCAAACGUAAUUUGAACGGUCCUCAACCUUCGUUCAAACGCUUGCCAUUCAAUUUUUGUUCUCUUUCACUCCAGCCUUUCACGCACCCCGUCUGCACAUCAGAAGGGAUCAUCUUCGACUUGACCAAUAUUUUACCAUGGAUCAAAAAACAAGGGACAAAUCCAGUGGAUGGCUCACCACUGAAGACCACAGACUUGAUCAAACUCACCAUUGCCAAGAAUGAGGAGGGCGAGUAUGUGGAUCCAGUCACCUUCAAGGUCUUGACAGAUAAUACGCAUAUUGUCGCGAUAAGAAAUACCGGAAAUGUGUUCGCAUGGGAAACAGUGGAGCGGUUAAAUAUUAAGGGAAAGCUCUGGCGCGACCUCGUCACUGAUGAAGAGUUCAGUCGCAAAGAUAUCAUCACUCUCCAGGAUCCCCAUAAUGUCGAGGCUCGCAAUCUGAGCUCGUUCAAUUACCUGAAUGAGGGUCAAACUGGACAUCUCGAUCAGCAAAAACCAGAGGCAAGUGUGAAUACCAAUGCGCUGGGAAGCUCAGCCAAGAUUCUCAAAGCCAAGGAGGCUGUGGCCAAGGCGCGCGCGGAACGGGCCCAACCUGGCUCGGCUGUCUCCAAGGCGGGUGCAAAACCUGGAACGGUCUCAGUCGCUCCCAAGACUGGAGCGUCCCAGGGAGGAAAUCCUACUCCUUGGAAUGCUGCACUAUUCACAACAGGCAAAGCGGCUGCUUCCUUUACUAGCACAGGUUUCACACCUCACACGUCAGCCGACUUGGCUAUUCUAUCUGACGAAGACUACAUAAUGAACCAGGGUCGGUUUAAGUCUGGCCGGAUUAAGUCCAAGGGCUAUGCACGAAUUGUCACCACGUCCGGUCAUCUAAAUCUGGAGCUUUAUCCCGAACAUGCACCCAAGGCUGUAUGGAAUUUUAUCCAGCUUGCCAAGAAGGGCUACUACAAUGAUGUCACCUUCCAUCGCAAUAUCAAGGGAUUUAUGCUACAGGGUGGUGAUCCCACCGGUACUGGACGAGGUGGUAACAGCAUUUGGGGCAAGCCCUUCGCCGACGAGGUCAAUGGACCUUUGAAGCACGACUCCCGAGGCACGCUGAGCAUGGCCAAUAAGGGCAAAAAUACCAACACAAGUCAAUUCUUCCUCGCUUACCGCGCUCUACCUCACCUAGACCGUAAGCACACAGUGUUUGGUCGGCUCAUUGACGACCCAACCCCUUCAUCCGCUACAUUUAACGCUAUUGAGAUACACCCGGUAGAGUCAGAUACUAACCGACCCACGCCUGAGAUCCGUAUCAAGGAGAUUACUGUCUUCGUGGACCCCUUUGAUGAAUUCUUGAAGCAGAAACGCGCAGAGGAAACUGAAUCUUCCGUCGCCAAAGACAAAACUGCUCGGCGUGUAGAUGAUGAUCAGGUCACCUGGACAGGAAAACGUGUGCGUGGUGCUGGCGCAGCUUCAAGUGAGGGUUCUACCGGUGUCGGAAAAUACUUGAAAGCUGCAUUGGCCAAGCGCGCAGAGGCAGAUGACGACGAGAUUAUUGAAUUCAUAGAUGAGGAACCAGCUCCUGGGCCUUCGCACAAGAAGUUGAAGAGCACAGGUGGGUAUGGAGACUUUAGCACAUGGUAG